AUGGACGUCGACGACGACCAGCAGCCACCAAAAUUCACACUACAACCCACAAAUGCACUCGCAGGGCCCUCUUCGACUCCAGAGCUUCCGCCCAUGUACCUCCUGCCACCAGGCCCACCUCAGCGCCCCCUCCUCGCCAGCACGCAGGACCUCAUAUCGCGCUUUCAGCUUCUCCCUGCGUACAACAAGUACGUCCGACCGUACGCCCCGCCUGUCGGCCAGCCUUCGAUCCCCAAUGUGGCGGACAAGGGCAAGGGCAAGGAGAAGGAGGCGUCACCACCCCCAGGAGCCACGCCAGGAGCGGGUGCGGAUGGGGAGGAGGAGGUGGGAAAGGGAGAGAAGAAGUGGAAGAACACAUACAGGAGUCUCAUUAAGGGCAUCCCAGGAAAACACUCCAUGAAGAAAGACGACGUUGACUAUCUGACGAUGAUGAUGCAAAUACCGCCCAAGCAGAAGAUUGCCAUAACGCCAUUCGACCUGCGGACACAGCGCGAGGCCUUCUCUGUCAGCCUAGAGGGUUUGAAAGGCGUAUGGCUGCACUUCACGCAUUGGAACAUCAACGCGCUUGUGGCAGAGUCUCCGCAAGCUCGUGAAGACCGCAAGAAGCGGAAAGAACUCAAGAAGCUUGCAAAGGCGCAAGGACAAACCAUACCACUGGCACCGGGCAUACCCGCCCAUCCUACGAUGUCGACGCCAGCCUCGACGCGCACUGGUACACCCAAGCCU